UUCUUCUCUUUCUCAUUCUCCUAGCUCUUCUUUUAUUCUCCUGGGUGGUUACCAACAACCAGUGUAUGCCCGGGUACAUGUAUGUGGUGUGGCGUGUGUAUAAAAAUGAAAAAUGAAAAAUGGGGAUUUACUGGCCAGAGAAAGCCACUUCAAUCAGCUGUGUGGUGGAUACCAGGCUAAACAUUAGUGGUGGUGAAUUCAUCAGCCUUGCAAGCUGUUGAAUGGUGUAAUCCCAGCACAAGUUGCUAUGUCUAACAUAGCUGUUCGCUAUCAUCGCUUCCGCGAUGGGUAUGUCUUAGGUCUGAGGUCUGAGGUGUGUGUGUAGGUGUGUGUAAGCAUGGGUGUGGUGGAGGGGUGAAACCUCACUUGCUUGACAGUGGUUCAUUGUACGAUUCCUCCUGAUCUGUGCCUGUAGAUGACAUGGUUGAAGUGUCGAAGAACUGCUUUGCAACACCAAACCUCAUUCCAGGGAUGAAUGAUGGCAUCAUUUAUGAUCCCGACAAGAGCUCUGCCGUUUGUAUUGGUAUCGACAAAGAGAAGAAAGACAGAGAUAAUGACACAGCUGUUGACACAAGACUCAAAAAGUGUGCUGAGGAAUUCGGAUCUUUGCUCUCCACAGCGUUCGAGGUUGAAGCCAAAGUUGACUCUUUCAAUGAAGAUGAUCCUGAAUCGAUCAUACGAACUGUGAAAGAGUCAGCCGAAAAGGCAAGCGAUCUCCUAAUUUUCUACUUAGCUAGCCAUGGCGGUGAAGAUGGCAGAAUCCAAGAAUGCGGAAAGGUUUCCUUGGAACAGUUUGCAGAUGCAAUGAAGAGUACCAAGGCAAGGACGAACAUAGUGGUCAUUCUGGACCUGUGCAACGGCGGCAGUGUUCUUCCAACCUUUCGAGCACGCCUAAUGGAAUGUUGCCCUGCCAGUAACAUUUACUUGUUGGUAGCUACUCGUGAGAAUGAGACGACGUGGUUGUGUGGGAAACUCGGGUGCAGCCUCUUCACAUUCUUCCUCAGCAACUACCUGCAACGGCAUGCGCAGGUUGGGCGUCUGCCCAUUUGGGAUGCAAUGCGUCACGCGCAAACCCUGACUCCAGUUCUUAGCGAAUUCCUCUCCACCAACGCUGACGGAGAUUCUGGAGUGAUCCCGCAUCCUGUGAUGGAAGCUCGCGGCCAGUCGGGUGCUGAGUCGGGUGCUGAGUCUCGCCCCAUUCGCCCGCACAGGGCAGAGGACAGGCUUUGCCUCGAAAAAUUUCCCAAGUAUCCAACAUACAAAUUGUCGCUACCGAAAGAUCAACGGGAAUGGAUCAAGUCACUAGAGCCUCAUCUGCGCACUCUUCACGACUAUGGUUACUUGACGCCGACGUACCACAACACGGUAUUGGAGUGUUUGCUGUGGCACAUCUUCACGAAGUUGGGCCGAAUGUGGUUCAUAGAUCUGAAGCCCCGUGAACAGGCGCAGGGUAUGGUUCUAUUUGUCACAUACUGAUGCUGGUCUGCCAAGUGUUUGCUCUGGUGUGGGUUUCUGCUAGGCCUGCAGUGGGCAUUGAAUGACAUUCAGGGUCUGAUGACCUUUCGUUGGAAUACUUU